AGGAGCCAGUUUGCCCAGUCUGAUCUGGACGAACAAGAUGGCUUCACGUCUCGUGUGUAUCGUCACUGGGGGUGCCUCAGGUUUAGGCAGAGCCACUGCUGAACUACUUGCUCGUCGAGGUGGUAAGGUCCUCAUUGCAGACUUGCCAAAGAGCGAUGGGGAUAACGUUGCCAAAGAAAUUGGAGAAAAUUGCCAGUUUCAGGCUACUGAUGUGACUUCAUCCGAUGAUAUAAGAGUUGCUAUUCAGUUGGCUAAGGAAAGAUUUGGUCCAAUUACAGCUGCAGUAAAUUGUGCUGGUAUUGGCAUUGCUGUCAAGACACUCAAUAAGAAAGGACAGGCCCAUUCUGUUGAAGAGUUCAAUAGAGUUCUUCAGAUUAAUGCCGUUGGAUCAUUCAACAUGAUACGACUGGCAGCUGAAGAAAUGGCUAACAACAAACCAAACGAAGAAGGAGAAAGAGGAGUGAUAAUCAACACGGCAAGUGUAGCUGCAUUUGAAGGUCAAAUGGGACAGGCGGCCUACUCAGCAUCAAAGGGUGCAAUUGUUGGCAUGACACUCCCAAUUGCACGUGACCUUGCAAGAUAUGGCAUCCGAGUUAACACCAUUGCACCAGGCCUGUUUAGAACCCCAUUGCUCGCUGGCCUGCCUGAAAAAGUGCAAAACGAACUUGCCAAAGCAGUUCCGUUUCCAAAAAGACUCGGCUCGCCUGAUGAAUACGCCCAUCUUGUUCAGUCGAUUAUCGACAACGUUAUGAUAAACGGGACAGUGAUCAGAAUCGACGGGGCACUGCGUAUGCAGCCUUGAACGUGUAAGAAGAAAUUUAUCAAUCCUUGACAGAAUUUGAUAAUUUUACACUUAGAAGAAUGCAUAACAAAUGAUAAACGUGUUUCAGAUAUACAGUUAUUUUAUAUAGA